ACCGCUCUCCCUCUUCGUCCUCCUCCUUCUCCUCCUCCUCCUCCUCCUCCUCCUCCUCGCCUCCCCCCUCCUCUUCCUCCUCUCUCCCGGCCCGCCGCGCGCCCCUCGCCGCUGCCUGCCGCCGCCACCACAGCCACCACCAACGCCCGGGACCGGACCCUCGUGCCGUCCCCCCGCGACUCCUGGCGUCCUGGAGUGGACGGCCUGCAGAGGUGCUGCUCCAGCCUCCACCUUGCCCUGUGACAGACGCCUGAGUACCUGAACACAUCUCUUUUCUCCUGUGCUCCUGCCUGCCCACCUGGAUGAGCCCCCUCCCAAGGAUCUCCUCCCCUGUUCCUUAGAGGAUCCCAUUACUAUUGCCGCCACCUCUUAGGCCCCAGUGACUUUGCUUUCCACUUUAUGGAUCUUCCCCAGAUGUGAAGGGUCUCCCACGACGCUGCUGAGGCCAGACCAGUAGCCAGUGUCUUGGGCCCCUGGUUCACCCCAGCACCAGCUCCUGCCUGAAGAGAGUCUGGCCCUCCCUCUUCCCGGGCAAGGCCCCAGGUGUUGGGACAGUCGAGGGCUCCCCUCUCCUUACCCAGCCUCCGGGAAGCACCACUAGGGCCACAAUGGCUGCAGAGACACUCAACUUCGGGCCUGAGUGGCUGAGGGCCCUUUCCCGUGGUGGCAGCGUGGCCUCCCCACCUCCAUCCCCUGCCAUGCCCAAGUACAAGUACAAGCUGGCCGACUACCGCUAUGGACGGGAGGAGAUGCUGGCCCUCUAUGUGAAGGAGAACAAGGUCCCUGAGGAGCUGCAGGACAAGGAGUUUUCCGCUGUGUUGCAGGAGGAGCCGCUGCAGCCCCUCGCCCUGGAGCCUCUGACCGAGGAGGAGCAGAGAAACUUCUCCCUGUCAGUGAACAGUGUGGCUGUGCUGAGGCUGAUGGGGAAAGGGGCCGGGCCCCCUCUGGCUACUACCCCCCGUGGCAGGGGCAGCACACGAAGCCGAGGCCGUGGCCGUGGUGACAGUUGCUUUUACCAAAGAAGCAUCGAGGAAGGCGAAGGGGCCUUUGGACGGAACCCCAGGGAGAUCCAGCGAAGCCAGAGUUGGGAUGACAGAGGUGAGAGGCGCUUUGAGAAGUCAGCACGGAGGGAUGGAGCUCGCUCUGGGUUUGAAGAGGGAGGGGCUGGCCUGAGGAAGGAGCACACUCGCUCAGAUAGCGAGAACUGGCGUUCACUUCGGGAAGAGCAAGAGGAGGAGGAGGAAGGCAGCUGGAGACUUGGGGCAGGACCUCGGAGAGAUGGUGAUCGCUGGCGCUCUGCCAGCCCUGAUGGUGGCCCUCGCUCUGCUGGCUGGCGGGAACAUGGGGAGCGGCGACGCAAGUUUGAUUUUGAUUUGCGAGGGGAGAGAGGAGGGUGUGGUGAAGAGGACGGGCGGGGUGGGGGAGGCAGCUCUCACCUCCGGAGGUGCCGAGGGCCAGAUGGCUUUGAUGACGACAAGGAUGGGCUCCCAGAGUGGUGUCUGGACGAUGAGGAUGAGGAGAUGGGCACCUUCGAUGCCUCUGGGGCCUUCCUACCUCUCAAGAAGGGCCCCAAGGAGUCCAUUCCUGAGGAGCAAGAGCUUGACUUCCAGGGCUUGGAGGAGGAAGAGGAAGAGACUUCGGAAGGCCUGGAUGGAGAGGUCCCUGAGGCAGGUGGGAAGGAGUUGACCCCUCUGCCUCCUCCAGAGGAGAAGUCUAGCUCCUCAUCCCCACUGCCCACCUUGGGUCCCCUCUGGGCAGCAAAUGGGGCUGCUGAUGAAACUGUGGAGAAAGAGCUCCCUGCCACUGAAGGAAAUGAUGUUCCUCUUAGUCCUGGGGUGGGCUCCCCCGCAGGGCCGUCAGGAGACCUGGAGGAUGAGGAAGGCUUGAAGCACCUGCAGCAGGAGGCAGAGAAGCUGGUAGCAUCGCUGCAGGACAGCUCCCUGGAGGAGGAGCAGUUCACAGCUGCCAUGCAGGCCCAGGGCCUGCGCCACUGCACAGCUGCCCCUGCCCUGCCCCUCAGCCAUGGCGCUGCCCGGAAGUGGUUCUACAAGGACCCCCAGGGGGAGAUCCAAGGCCCCUUCACCACCCAGGAGAUGGCGGAGUGGUUCCAGGCCGGCUACUUCUCCAUGUCCCUGCUGGUGAAGCGGGGCUGUGACGAGGGCUUCCAGCCCCUGGGAGAGGUCAUCAAGAUGUGGGGCCGUGUGCCCUUUGGCCCUGGCCCCUCGCCGCCCCCGCUGUUGGGGAGCAUGGAUCAGGAGCGGCUGAAGAAACAGCAGGAGCUGGCCGCGGCCACCUUGUACCAGCAGCUGCAGCACCAGCACUUGCUUCAGCUUGUCGGCAGCCGCCAGCUCCCGCAGUGUGCGCCCCGAGAAAAGGCAGCUAUGGGGGACCUGACGCCGCCGCAGCAGCAGCAGCUCACCGCCUUCCUGCAGCAGCUCCAGGCUCUCAAAUCCCCCAGAGGCGGGGACCAGAACCUGCUCCCGACUAUGAGCCGCUCCUUGUCGGUGCCAGAUUCCGGCCCCCUCUGGGAUUUACAUACCUCAGUCUCAUCACCCUCCGGUGGUGAGACCAGUCUUUGGGACAUACCAAUUAACUCUUCGACUCAGGGUCCAAUUCUAGAACAACUCCAGCUGCAGCAUAAAUUCCAGGAACGCAGAGAAGCGGAGCUCAGGGCCAAGCGGGAGGAGGAGGAGCGCAAGCGGCGGGAGGAGAAGCGGCGCCAGCAGCAGCAGGAGGAGCAGAAGCGGAGGCAGGAGGAGGAAGAGCUCUUCCGGCGCAAGCAGGUGCGGCAGCAGGAGCUGCUGCUGAAGUUGCUGCAGCAGCAACAGGCAGCGCAGGCCCCGGUGCCUGCGGCGCCCAGCUCCCCGCCUCCGCCCUGGGCCGGGCUGUCCAAACAGGGCCUGUCCAUGAAGACGCUGCUGGAGCUCCAGCUGGAGGGUGAGCGGCAGCUGCACAAACAGCCCAUGGCCCGCGAGGCACUGAGGGCCCAGGCCUCCAACCACCGAGUGCAACUUGGGGGCCUGGGCACGAACCCCCUGAACCAGUGGGUAUCUGAGGCUGGACCACUGUGGGGUGGGCCUGACAAGAGUGGGGGCAGUGGCAGUGGCGGGCUUGGGCUCUGGGAGGACACUCUGAAGAGCAGCGGGAGCCUGGCCCGCAGCCUGGGCCUGAAGAACAGCCGGAGCAGCCCAUCUCUCGGUGACUCGUACAGCCACCUGUCAGGUCGGCCUGUCCGCAAAAAGACGGAGGAUGAGGAGAAGCUGCUGAAGCUGCUGCAGGGGAUCCCCAGGCCCCAGGACGGCUUCACCCAGUGGUGUGAGCAGAUGCUGCACACGCUGAGUGCUGCGGGCAGCCUGGAUGUGCCCAUGGCCGUGGCCAUCCUCAAGGAAGUGGAGUCCCCCUACGAUGUCCACGAUUAUAUCCGUUCCUGCUUGGGGGAUACGCUGGAAGCCAAAGAAUUUGCCAAACAAUUCCUGGAGCGGAGAGCCAAGCAGAAAGCCAGCCAGCAGCGACAACAGCAGCAGCAGCAGCAGCAGCAGUGGUGGCAGCGGCAGCAGCAGCAGCAACGGCAGUGGCAUGGAUCCUUGGGUCCCCAGCCUGCAGGCUCCCAGCCGGGAGCAGAGGAGGAAGCAGGGGCAGAGUCCCCAGCACUUGUUACAAACCACACGAUGCACCUUAACUCACCCACCACGAGGCACUUUAUGGAUUGGGGGGAAGGGGGUUUCCUUUUUUUAAAGUGACUGAAGAAAAUGUUAGGAGAGACAGUGUCCUUUAAGAACUAGACUCUAGCACCCUCCCCCUCGGGGAGAGCUGGUACUCUUAACACCCCUCCCCCUCGGGGAGAGUGGGUACACAGUGGAAGGUCCACAAACGUUUUUUGUUUUGUUUUGUUUUGUUUUUAAGAAAAAGAUGAAAAAAGAAAAAAAAGUUAGGCUGAAAGAGAAACACUGUUAUUGGGGCUGUGGGGCGCAGUCUCUGGACCAGUCCUGCCAGCCCCGAGGCUGCAUGUACCCCCUUGCCCCUGAACGUGGGCCACUGGGGUAACUGGAAGUUGGGGGCCAGCAGUUUGCACAGCAUGGCCCCCUCGGAGCCCUGCCUGCCGACCCGCUGUGAACAGCCCCCCAUUGCUGUGACUGUGGCAGAGGUGUCCGGAAUGGGGGCCAAAGUUGCCCCUUGGCAUCGCUGCUUUGGGGGAAAGUUGCACAAAUCGGACAAGCUCCCCUCAGCCCCCAGCUGCCAUUCUGCGCCCCCUGACGGGCAAAUGGAAAGGGCCAUUUGGUGCCAGCCUUCUGUCGGGUGGAAAGACUCAGGCCUGCUGAGGGACUUCCCCCCCACUGCUGCCACUUUGGGGGACAGCCUGGGUGACACAGCCCCAGCUCCCUGCCUUGCCACAUGAAUGUAUUUUCUAGCCCUCAGUCCCUGCCCCAGCCCCUUUGAGGAGUGGGCUGUUCUUUCAGGAGCGAGUGGCACCGUUUCUAGCCAAGUCCUUGCUCCUGGGAGGUAGAAGGGUGUUGAAGGCUGGAAAUGGGCGGCUAGGGGCUGUGCACUGCAGUGCAGGGGGCUAUCGGAAGGGACCCCUUGUAGUCUGUAGCCAGUCUGUGGGGGUGUGGACCCCGGGCCCUGUGCCUGACCCCUCUGCAGGAGACGUGGCCAUCUCUCCCCUCUAGGUUCUUGGCAGGGAGGAACGGAGAGGCGCCUAGGCUGCCCCUGCCUGCACUGGGCUCCAUGGGAUCUGGGUUUUUUCAAGUUUUUUUUUUUCCUCUUUUGGGUUUCUCAUUGAGCUUCUCCAUCAACCUCAUUGCUAGAGUGCAGUAUUGGGGCGAGACCGCCACUGCCACCUCCAUGAAUGUAUUUCCUCCUGCCCCGGGGAGGGGAGGGGCCCCAGGUUUUUACCCAUUGUCCCUGGAGAGAUGACUUUGAGUUUUGUUCAUUUUUUGAUUUGUUUUUGGCACCAAAGUGGCAACUGGGUCAGUGUUGGGGGUAAAGCUGGCUCCCAGGUGGACAGUGUCCACCUGCUCCUCCUUGUUUUUGACAGUGUUAGCGACGGGGAAAAGACAAUUUUCUCUCUAAAGCAAUAAGGGGGUGAUGGGCCGGGGGGGGGAUGUCUUGCUGCUGCUGGCCCCCAGCUCUUUCUCCCCUCUUGCCAGUGUGGCGACAUGAGAGGGUGGGGGAGACACCUGUUGUGACUGAAUGUAACCGCCCUGCCCCUGCCACAGCCAAUGCAGGGGAAGGGGGGCACUUCCUGUCUCUUCCUGGCCCUUUCCCCCAGCUAAAGAGACUUUGAACUUGGGGGGGUCCACGAGCCUGGAGAGGCCUUAACCCCCAUGAGGAAGUUUAGGGGUAGCCCUCUCCUACCCCAUCCCCUCUGAGAGUGAUCAAUGUUUACAAGUUCUGAGCCCCCAGCCCAGGGACUCAGACCCCUAUCCAAUCCUUACCCGUCUUCCUGGGCCCUAGCUGCCCCCUUCCUGGGGUUUGGGGGUGGUACAGGGAUCCUCUAUUCCCUCAUCCUUGUAUUCAGUCUCCCCUACUCCCUUCACCCUGUGUGAUUUCCUCUCUACUUGCCCCUGUAAAUACUUGCCCCAAUAAAACUUGGUGUGUGUUCUUUG